AUGAAUUACGAAUUAAAAGGCGAACGGGUAAGUGCAACGAAUUGCACUGAUGAACUGUUCUGUUGUUGCACACAUGAGGAACUUAAAGCAUUCCUUAUGGCUAUUUAUCCACCACAACUUAGGAUAACAGAAGCCAAUAUUGGUCCAGUUCUGAUGGCUGCUUGUAAGAUGGAAUCACCGGGUUUGCUAAAUAAAUGUGCCGCUUUACUUCUUGCUCCUCAUACCCAGUUAUCUGUUUUUGUGCGGCUUUCACUUCUUGACCGAUGUUUCUUGCAUGAACUUCUUGUUCCUUGUCUUCAAAUGAUCAAUCGACCCGAACAUUUGAUGGAAAUGUCACAACAACAAACAUAUGAUUGUCUUUCAAUUCGUGCACGUGCAGCAAUGAUGGAUCGUUUAACAGUACUUUUACGAAAUCCAGGGCAAAAACCUCAUUCUUGUCAAAGAUGCAAGCAGAUAAGCGCAUGCUCAUCAAUAACAUGGAUGUGUCCACACUGUAACAUUUAUUCAUCCGAUGCAUCGCUACCAAGGAAAGCAAUUGCUAGUACUGCACAACCGCCAUUCAUCAAGCGGUGA